CCAAGUCCUAGUCUGAGCUGCCGUUACAUUCAGGAGAAACGGCAGUGUCUGCGGCUCCCAAUCUCAGAGGGAACCUAGGGUACUGGGGGAGAUGGUGUCAGGGACAUGGACGCCAACCCCCAAGGGUCUCUGCUGCCGGCUACUCUUCUCUCCAGGCUCUACUUCUGUUCAUACGGUCCAUAUCUCCUAGGGGACCCUGAGAGCCUAGGAACCGACUCUGGCCAUCCAUCUCUCCAGGGAGAUUAUAACCCAGAGUGCCUCUCAGGGGGAAGAAUUUGAAGCAAAACCAGACCCCGCAGGAUCCCCGGUGCGGCCGCCAUGGCGCAGGAGAACGCCGCUUUCUCUCCCGGGUCGGAGGAGCCGCCGCGCCGCCGUGGUCGCCAGCGCUACGUGGAGAAGGACGGGCGCUGUAACGUGCAGCAGGGCAACGUCCGCGAGACCUACCGCUACCUGACCGACCUGUUCACCACGCUGGUGGACCUGCAGUGGCGCCUCAGCCUGCUCUUCUUCGUGCUCGCCUAUGCGCUCACUUGGCUCUUCUUCGGCGCCAUCUGGUGGCUCAUCGCCUACGGCCGCGGCGACCUGGAGCACCUGGAGGACACAGCGUGGACCCCGUGCGUCAACAACCUCAAUGGCUUCGUGGCCGCCUUCCUCUUCUCCAUCGAGACCGAGACCACCAUCGGCUAUGGGCACCGCGUCAUCACCGACCAGUGCCCCGAGGGCAUCGUGCUGCUGCUGCUGCAGGCUAUCCUGGGCUCCAUGGUGAACGCUUUCAUGGUGGGCUGUAUGUUCGUCAAGAUCUCGCAGCCCAACAAGCGCGCCGCCACUCUCGUCUUCUCCUCGCACGCCGUGGUGUCUCUGCGCGACGGGCGCCUCUGUCUCAUGUUUCGCGUGGGCGACCUGCGAUCCUCGCACAUCGUCGAGGCCUCCAUCCGCGCCAAGCUCAUCCGCUCCCGCCAGACUCUCGAGGGCGAGUUCAUCCCUUUGCACCAGACCGACCUCAGCGUGGGCUUUGACACGGGGGACGACCGCCUCUUCCUCGUCUCACCUCUCGUCAUCAGCCACGAGAUAGAUGCUGCCAGCCCCUUCUGGGAGGCAUCGCGCCGCGCCCUCGAGAGGGACGACUUCGAGAUCGUGGUCAUUCUCGAGGGCAUGGUGGAGGCCACGGGAAUGACGUGCCAAGCUCGAAGCUCGUACCUGGUGGAUGAAGUGUUGUGGGGCCACCGGUUCACAUCCGUGCUCACCCUGGAGGAUGGGUUCUAUGAGGUGGACUACGCCAGCUUCCACGAAACCUUUGAGGUGCCCACACCCUCGUGCAGUGCUCGGGAAUUGGCGGAAGCCGCAGCCCGCCUCGAUGCCCAUCUCUACUGGUCCAUCCCCAGCAGGCUGGAUGAGAAGGUGGAGGAAGAAGGGGCUGGGGAGGGGGCAGGUGCGGGAGAUGGAGCUGACAAGGAGCACAAUGGCUGCCUGCCACCCCCAGAGAGCGAGUCCAAGGUGUGACUGGUUUUCUCCAACCCCCUGUGGCAGACCAGGGGGCCAGACUCAGGUACACGGAAGCUGCAGAGUGGAGAUGGAAGAAGAGGAGGCAGGCAGUGUCCCGAGGAACGGCUAAAGUUGAGAGAGGCCCCCUGAGUCCCGGAUCCAGUAGGGAAGGAAGAGGUCCUGGUUUGAAGAGAAGAGGGUUGGGUGGGGUGAGAGAAUGUGUCAGUCUGUCUGUGUUUGACCUUCACAUCGGUUCAUGGUCGCAUGGAUGGAUAGAAGGAUGGGUUCGUAGGGGUUGAUCGGGAUGGUGGGGCAGGUAGAGACAGCCAGUGGAUAGAUAGCUCCAGUGGUAAGUGGAUUGACAGUCGGUGAAUGUCACCUGCAGCACACCUUUGUGAGGAAUCUAUGGGCACCCCUUUCUUCCAGAUAUAGCCUCAAACCAGGGUGUGUGGCUUAGGGAGCAGGCUGUCAGGUGGACUGCAGUCCCCACUCACCCCCCUCAACUGGCCUCCCUAUGUGUGACACGCCUGCCUAACUAGACAAAGUGGCCACAGAGAAGAGAGUACUGGGUAGAGGUGGGCACAAGGUGUGAGUGCCCUCCCCAGCGUCACUGUCAGAAAGGUGCCAAAGGCCUUAAUCCUCUGGUUAUAGGCAAACAAGCAAUGGGGGUAGAUGCUGGGCAGGGAGGGGCCCUGGAGCAGGACUUGGGGACACCCAAGGACAACUGGUUUGCGAGAGAGGAAUGAAACCUUGCAGGUCCUGCCACAGAAGCAAGAAGGCAGAGAGAGAUUCGGAAGCCGAGGAAAGGCCAUGGAGAGACUUAAUAAGGGGUUUUACAAGGGAACCCAGAUCCCUGAGGGAAGUAGUUUAUCCUUGGGGCACAGUGGCAGGGGCUCAUUCAGAAUAGUGAUUAAGUGUCAGGUGUGAUAUUCAAAGACCUGGUUCCUAACACCAGAGCCCAGCGCAGGUGGAGGUCAGAAAUUCCCCCACCCUUAGCAACUGAAGGAAGUGUAGCUCACACUAGGAGCCCACACAAGUGGUUAUAGCCACAAGUGAGAGGGCAUUAGCAACGGGAAGCUAAGGAUUGAGUAAGGCAGCAGGGAAUGGUGGGAGCCAGCGAUUACAAAGCUUUACUCACCUGGAUGAGCUUGUUAAAACACAGAUUACCGGCCAGCUCCCAGUGUUCUGACUCAGUAGGUCCAGGACGGAAACAAAAAAAAAAUCUGCACGUCUAACCAGUUCCCAGACCUAACAGGUUCCCAGAUCAUGGUGACACUGUCUGUCUGGGGAUGACACUUGGGUGAAGCAUCUAAGUGUAAGAGAAGCUGGAGGAACUGAAAAGUACCCUGGAGGGUCCCUUGAGGAACAGAGAAACAAGAAGGGAAAUGUUGGGGAAAGGGAACACAGGUCCAGGCUUGAAGGGCUUAACUCUGGGUCCAAGAAACAUCUUUGGUAACUGGUCAGUGGCACCCGAGAGGGCCACAGAGACAGGAGGGACCCCCUGAGGAGGCAGUGGGGAGCUGUAGUUGAAUGGGCUUCACCACAAAAAGCCAACUCUCUUAAGAGAUUCACAAGGCAAGACUGACUAGGGGAGAAAAUGGAGCCUGAACUUGCAGGUGUCUGCUGUCUGCCACCUGUCCUCCCAGGACAGGGCACCCUGGGGACACAUUCCACCUCCACUGCAUCCUGGUCUUGCCCCAGUCAUCUUGGGAUGGUGAGGGGGACAGCAACAGCAAGGCAUGACAACGAACCUGAGGCUGGCCCUCUGGAGCUAAGUGUAGCCCAAGUGAGCACGUCCCCUGAUAGGACUGGCUCAGACUCUGGCCCUGGCUACACCCAUCCCUGCCCUCAAAUAAAAGUCUGCUGCUCUGUCCCAGGCUAAGAAGCCAGCAUCCAACGGGGCACUGGGGCCACCCUCCCAGUGCCCAGCUCAGCAUGGGUCCACUCAGAGAGGACUCAAGCUGCCUGUUGCCUCUCCCCUUUCAUCUAUUAAUGGACGCAGGUUUCCGAACCAGCUGGGUCACUCUCCAAGAUGAGAUCCGUGCACAUGAAUCUGCCGGGAUCCCGUGAACAUGUUGGACCUGUGCACAGGGAGGGAGGGAGCAGGGUUUGAACUCAGGAAAAACGUGGAGUCUAGACGAGAGGGGUGGGGUGCUUGGUAUCCGCCCAGGAAGCACUGGAAUAGAGACACUGAAACUGUUCCUGGAGGUCUCUCAGGCCACUGCUGUCCAGGGCACGGCCAGGAGACCUAUGUUCUAGCACCAAUGCUGAUUGUCACGAAUUACCUCUAUGACUCUCAGCAAGACAUGUAACUUCUCUGGGCCUCAGCUUCCUUAUCUGUUUUUUUUUUUUUUUUUUU